GAGUGCGUGCUAGGGCAAGUAUGGCGAAAACAACCUACAAUGAGUUAGAGAAAAUAUGGAGUGGAAAUAAAACAGAUACACAAUAUGGCUCCCAAAACUCCGUAGGUAUGGUGAUUUUAAAAAGUUUACAAAAGAAUCCGGAAGGUAUUGGCCAGAUUUCUCAUCGUACCGGCAGGGAGCUGACUAAUAGAGAAAUUUUAUUAUUAUCAAUACGUGUGGCUCAACAUUUAGAAGAUUUGAAAAUAGAACAAGGUGAAAUAGUUGGUAUCUGUGCAGCUAAUAGUGAUUAUUUGGCUUGUUUAGUGUUUGGUUGCCUUUUUAGAGGUCUAGUCAUUAGUACUUUGGAUACAAGUUUUGAUAAAGAUGGCAUUAAACACAUUUAUUCAAUUACAAAGCCCAAAUUAAUGUUUUGUGAUGCAGGGAUUUAUCAAACUGUAAAAGAAGCAUUUGAAGAAUGUAAUCUCCAUUCCUCAGUGAUUUAUACAAUAAAUGAUUGUUUAGAAAAUGUACCAAAAUUAGCAGAUCUUUUGAAAGAAACUCAAAGAGAACAGGAAUUCAAAUGCGUUGAUUUAAAAAUGGGGACUAAUCAAUUGGCUGCAAUUCUGUGCUCUUCCGGAACUACCGGUUUACCAAAAGGAGUUUGCUUGACACAUUUUAGCAUUAUGACUCAUAUCUUUGGUUUCGACUCUGUUCAGGGACGAUUUCUAUGUUUUAGUUCACUGUACUGGAUAUCAGGCCUAUUAGGUUUACUUAUUAAUACAGCUAGAAAUGUAACACGUAUUAUUAGUGAUCAACCCUAUACACCCGAAAAUUUUAUAGAAAUUGUUAAAAAAUAUAAAGCAACAAUAUUUUUGGGACCUCCUAGUCAAAUAGGUUUGCUGUUAUCAUGUUCAAAAUUGCAAAAAACUGAUUUAACCAGUUUGAAAUUAAUUUAUCUUGGUGGCAGUGCCGUGCCCUAUAGUUUCGUAGAGAAAUUACAGCCUUACGUACCAGAAGGCAAAAUUUUUGUGACUUAUGGCCAAACUGAAGUUUGUGCAAUUGUUGCAGCAGGUGUGGCUACUGAGGAUGGUAAUUGCGGACAGCUGGUUAACAAUGUAGAAGUUAAAAUAAUUGAUGAUAACAAUAAAAAUCUGGGUACGGGUGAAGUUGGUGAAAUAUGUACAAGAAAUAUAUGGCCAUGGCCUGGUUAUUAUUGCAAUCCGAAAGCUACAGCCAAUGUUUAUGAUUCCGACAAAUGGAUUCAUAGUGGCGAUUUGGGUUAUUUCAACGAUAAAGGGGAUCUCUAUAUCGUUGAUCGUAUAAAAGAUAUUUUAAAAUACAACAACUAUCAUUUUUAUCCUACCGAAAUUGAAGUUGUCAUUCUAGAGCUAAGCGAUAUAAUAGAAGUUUGUGUUUUUGGUAAGCCACAUGUAAUUUUUACACACUUGCCAGCUGCUGCUAUUGUUAAAACGCCGGGAAGCAAGCUAACAGGUGAACAAAUAUAUCAACAUGUAAGCAAUAGAAUGGCACAUUUUAAAUAUUUACGUGGUGGAGUUUAUUUUAUGAAUGAAUUGCCAAAAACCGCAACUGGUAAAGUUUUAAGACGAAAAAUUGCCGAAUUGUGCACAAAUAUCAAUAAUGAACUAGAAGCUAAAUAAUUAAAGUGUUGCUUAUAUUUUAUUCCUGUUAAAAUAUUGUACUUGAAAGCCUUUUGGUUUAUUGUUCUUUUAUAUAGUGAAUACUUAAUAAAUAAAAUGGCAAGCAUUUUAAUUACUUAAAAAGUAAAAAAAAUAUGAAUUUAAAAAAUAUAUUGGUGCAUUUUAAUAAAAAAAUAUAUAUAUAAAAAUAAACUCAUUUCUCUGUAUAGCAUAUAAAAGAAGAUAAAUAUAAAUUAACGUCAGAAACUUAAAAGCAAAUAAAAUUGUGUAUUAGUUUGUAAUUAGUUAAAAAUUAAUAAACAUUAGUAUUACCAGUACCUUUGCGUGGUCUCCACCAAUCCUCCAUAUAUCCUGACAGAGGUGAGGAGUGGCAAGAAAGAACUGUAUUUGUUAUUUUAUUUCACUACGUUUUUCAUCUUAUUUAAAAUAAUUGUUUUGUUUCAUAGAUAUUAUUUUAAUUGUAUUGUUAGGCGGGAUUUUAAA